AUGGCAGAUGAAGGUGUGCCUGAGCCACUGCCAGCUUUCUACUGCAAGCUUCGCAGCUUUCAUUCCGCCCUGCUUCAGCUUUCGCGUGAGCUGCUCAGGGGCUUGAGCUUGGCACUGGAUCUGCCGGCCGACCAUUUCGAAAGCCACGCUUUUCGGAAGCCCAUUGCUAAGGUGCUCCUCGCCUGCUAUCCACCUGCAGGUGAGGGAGAUCAGUCUUGCGGGGCCCACACAGACUGUGGCUUCCUGACCUUGGUCUGCCAGGAUCGUUUGGAAGCCCAAGGCCUGCAGGUGCAGAAGCCGGAUGGCUCCUGGCUUUCUGUGAAAACUGAUCGGUACACCCCUGUGGCCAACCUCGGCGAUUUGGCGCAGAGAUGGACCAACGAUGUCUUUCGAAGUUCUGUACAUCGUGUGCUCAACGCCUCUGCGGCCCCGCGCUGGAGCGCCAUUUUCUUCAACAACAUGGACGAGGAUGCCGAGGUGGAAUGCCUGGCCACCUGCGUGGACCGCGAGCGUCCCAGCAAGUAUCGGAAGACCACAUGCGGCGAGUAUGUGGCUGCAAAAAUGCAAGAGAUGAGAAGCCACCUGUCAAAAGAACAGGGCACGGACUUGGCUGAAAUUGCAGAAACAACAGGGCUCCGCCCUGCCUGA